UCGGCCCCCAGAGAGGGUGGGGAGAUGACACAGUUGUUCCCCCAGCCCUGGCGGGGCGGGCAGCAUGGUUCACUCCAGCAUGGGGGCUCCAGAAAUAAGAAUGUCUAAGCCCCUGGAGGCCGAGAAGCAAGGUCUGGACUCCCCAUCAGAGCACACAGACACCGAAAGAAAUGGACCAGACACUAAUCAUCAGAACCCCCAAAAUAAGACCUCCCCAUUCUCCAUGUCCCCAACUGGCCCCAGUACAAAGGUGGGCAUUCUCUCUGGCCUCCACUUAACAUUCUGGGGUCCCGGACCCUGCCUCUCUCCCCCCCAGAUCAAGGCUGAAGACCCCAGUGGCGAUUCAGCCCCAGCAGCACCCCUGCCCCCUCAGCCGGCCCAGCCUCAUCUGCCCCAGGCCCAACUCAUGUUGACGGGCAGCCAGCUAGCUGGGCUCACGGCACUGAUGCCAGCUCAGCAGCAGCUCCUCCUGCAGCAAGCCCAGGCCCAGCUCCUGGCCGCCGCCGUGCAGCAGUCCAGUGCCGCCGCUGCCGCUAACGCCGCUGCCGCCGCCGCUGCCUCCGCCUCCUCCUCUACUUCCUCCUCCUCCUCCUCCUCUGCCUCCUCCUCGACCUCACAGCCCCCAGCCUCCUCUGGGGGGGGUGACCUGCCACCACCACAGCCUGCCAGCCAGCCCCCUGGGACCCCACAGCUCACCUUGUCCCAACCCAUCCAGCUCACAGCACAGGACAUACAGCAGCUCCUCCAGCUCCAGCAGCUGGUGCUUGUGCCAGGCCACCACCUCCAGCCACCUGCUCAGUUCCUGCUACCGCAGGCCCAGCAGAGCCAGCCAGGCCUGCUACCGACACCAAAUCUAUUCCAGCUACCUCAGCAAACCCAGGGAGCUCUUCUGACCUCCCAGCCCCGGGCCGGGCUUCCCACACAGGCCGUGACCCGCCCUACGCUGCCCGACCCGCACCUCUCGCACCCGCAGCCCCCCAAAUGCUUGGAGCCACCAUCCCACCCCGAGGAGCCCAGUGAUCUGGAGGAGCUGGAGCAAUUCGCCCGCACCUUCAAGCAACGCCGCAUCAAGCUGGGCUUCACGCAGGGUGAUGUGGGCCUGGCCAUGGGCAAGCUCUACGGCAACGACUUCAGCCAGACGACCAUUUCCCGCUUCGAGGCCCUCAACCUGAGCUUCAAGAACAUGUGCAAACUCAAGCCCCUCCUGGAGAAGUGGCUCAACGACGCAGAGACUAUGUCUGUGGACUCAAGCCUGCCCAGCCCCAACCAGCUGAGCAGCCCCAGCCUGGGUUUCGACGGCCUGCCCGGCCGGAGACGCAAGAAGAGGACCAGCAUCGAGACAAACGUCCGCUUCGCCUUAGAGAAGAGUUUUCUAGCGAACCAGAAGCCUACCUCAGAGGAGAUCCUGCUGAUCGCCGAGCAGCUGCACAUGGAGAAGGAAGUGAUCCGCGUCUGGUUCUGCAACCGGCGCCAGAAGGAGAAACGCAUCAACCCCUGCAGUGCGGCCCCCAUGCUGCCCAGCCCAGGGAAGCCGGCCAGCUACAGCCCCCAUAUGGUCACACCCCAAGGGGGCGCAGGGACCUUACCGUUGUCCCAAGCUUCCAGCAGUCUGAGCACAACAGUUACUACCUUAUCCUCAGCUGUGGGGACGCUCCACCCCAGCCGGACAGCUGGAGGGGGUGGGGGCGGGGGCGGGGCUGCGCCCCCCCUCAAUUCCAUCCCCUCUGUCACUCCCCCACCCCCGGCCACCACCAACAGCACAAACCCCAGCCCUCAAGGCAGCCACUCGGCUAUCGGCUUGUCAGGCCUGAACCCCAGCACGGGAAGCACAAUGGUGGGGUUGAGCUCCGGGCUGAGUCCAGCCCUCAUGAGCAACAACCCUUUGGCCACUAUCCAAGGUGCGUGCUGCCUCAUGUCACACCCAUCGUCACCAGCCCUAUCCUCUGGGGCCUCAAGCCCUGCCAUUGCUGCUCCAGCCAUGCCAUCCCGCCCCUGCUCACUGCAUUGCUCGCGUCUUCAUACCCAUCUCACCUUUGGGGAAGCCCUGGCCUCUGGUGGAACCCUGCCCCUUACCAGCCUUGAUGGCAGCGGGAAUCUGGUGCUGGGGGCAGCCGGCGCAGCCCCGGGGAGCCCUGGCCUGGUGACCUCGCCGCUCUUCUUGAACCAUGCUGGGCUGCCCCUGCUCAGCACCCCACCUGGUGUGGGCCUGGUCUCAGCAGCGGCUGCGGCUGUGGCAGCCUCCAUCUCCAGCAAGUCUCCUGGCCUCUCCUCCUCAUCCUCUUCAUCCUCAUCCUCCUCCUCCUCCACUUGCAGCGAGACAGCAGCACAGACCCCUGGAGGUCCAGGGGGGCCCGAGGCAGGGUCCAAACCUGAGUGAGGGCCAGCCAUGCCUCCCCUCCCAUUCCUCUGGUCCCUGCCUUGGUCCCUUGCCUGGGAAGAGGGCGAGGAGGCCAGUGGUGGGGACGCAGAGGGUCCUCAGAGCAGGAGUGACAAGGGAGGAAAGACCAAAAAAACAACCAACCAAAAAAAAAAAAAAAAAAAAAAAAGGAAAGAAACUAACCAACAAAAGAGAAAACCAAAAAUAAUCACAACAGAAACCAGCUGCCCCAAAGGAACCAGAGGUGAAAAACAAACAAAAAAAAAACAAAAACAAACCAAAAAAAAAAAACCCCACAAAAUCAAACAAACCAAAAAACCAGUCGCGAGCCAGACCUCAGCGUGCUCACCCUCACUGCUACGACGCCAAAUAAAAACCCCAGCCAGGGGCGGAGAAGCCUCCAGCAGGUCAGACCUCAUGCCACCGAGCCCUGGCUGUGGGACCAACCCCCAACCCUGCCUCCCCCGUGGGGGCUACAGAAGGAAAAAGAGAAGAUGCCAGCUUCCUAGUCCCAGCCCCCAGCCCUGGGCCAGCGAAGACAGGGCACAGCCUGGGCAGAUGGGCUGGGGCUUAGCACCACCCACCAAAUGUUCUUUUCCAGAAGGUGAAAGAGAAAGGGCCUGAACAACCUUACACCAAAUAUUCAGUAGCUUCAUCCAAAGGAUGUACAGAAUUUUUAGCAUUGUGCUCAACAGAAUGUGUCCCUACCAUGUGUCCCCUUCUCCCCUGGCCCCCAGCUCUCCCCACCUGGGCAGGGGGUCUUGCUUUAACCUCCUCCCUCCCCCCAGCAGGGGAGAGUUCAAGGGAAGGCCUGCGGACAACUUUUCAUCCCCUGUUCCUCCCUCUUUUCCCCUUUGAAGGGUGGGCUGGGCCAUUUUGCCAAGUUCUAGCUCUCACAAGUCCCUCCUCAACCCUGUCACCCUCCUCUGCUCUGGAAUUGACUCCCUCCCCAGCCUAUGGGAAGGUGGAAAUUUCAGGCAAGAGGGGAUGAAGACAUUCAGUUGAGGGCAUUCAGUUGUCUUUUUCCAUCCUGUUUCCCUGAAAAAAAAAAAAAAUUCAUAUUCCAGUGCCUAUCCGUGGGAUCCUUCACGUUCUUUGACAUUAACCAGAAACCAAAAAGAGAACUCACCUCGCUCUUCCCACCCUGUGCCCCUCUGGUACUGGCGAAUGCCUCUCCCUCCCCCCACAUGCACACACGCACACACCCCAGUGGUGGGGUUCCUCGAGAUGGCAUCCCCAUCAGGGUCCAUGUGGUGGGGACAGUGCCACAGCCUGUGGUCCCCAUCUGAGAGGGCGCGGUGGUGGCCACCACUCCCACAAGACCUCCACAACUCUUGGCUGGACCCUGUGUUUGACCAGCCCCGGACACGUCUCCACUGACGACGGACAGAGGAGAGACACCACUGGGAGCCACCCUGCCCUCCUGCUAUUGUGGAGGCCAACAAAGUUUUGAACCGAAAACCAAAAAAACAGAAACAAACAAUAAAUUUAAACUAGAAAAAAAGAAUUUAUAUAUAUAUAUAAAUAUAUAUAUAUAUAUAAAAGGGAAAGAAGAUGAGGACUCUUCAAGAAUAAGAUGGAACCGCGAGGCGGAGCCAAGCCCCUGCACCGGUGGUCCAGGCCCUUGUUCCCCAAGGCGGACGGAAGGACGGAUGCUUCUUUCUCUUCACAAAUACCUCAUGGACGUCGUCUUUGGGAAAGCCGGAGGGGGCGGCUGGGGCAGGGCCUGUCCCUCGGCCAGGGCAGAUGGAAGCGGGUGGGCGGGGCUGAGAGAGGGUGUCAGGGACAGGGGUGAAGAGCCCCAAACUCCCCUCCCAAAUCAACUGAAAAAGCUUUAAAAAAAGACAGGAAAAAAAGGAGUAAGAAAGCAAAAAGAACAGAUGAAGGAAAACUUAACUUUUGGGUGGUUUGAUUCCUCCUUUGAUUUCUUUUUCGGUUCUCUUUUGUCUGACCUCUCUCCUCCCCUCCUUCCUCUCUCCUCCCCUCCUUCCUCUCUCCUCUCCUCCUUCCUGUCUCCUCUCUCUCCCUUUGCUCUCCUCUCUUCUCUCUCAAUCUUGUUCUUUCUGUGUCUCUCCUCAAACCAAAGUGUUGCAGUGAAGGACACGAGCCAUUGAAAUCAGGGUGGGGCCUGACAGCCGUAGUGUGGUCCCUGCCCCUUGUUGGGCAGGAGCAGAGAGAGAGGAGAGCCCUGAGACCGCAGGGCUUUGGCCUGGGCAGCUUCCACUUUCUGCCGGACACUCUGAGGAGAGGCAGAUGGAGCUCCAGGCCUCAGCGUUCUCUUUUUUCCUUGUCUCCCUUCUCCCACCCGGGAAACGAAACUGUUGGGCUGGGCGACGGAGGCAGCAGAGACUCGGCCAUUGCAGGGGCCUCUGGGUGCCUUGUCCGGGCAGUGGUGAAGUAGCCGCCCCUCCCACCCCGGCACGAUGGGGCCUGGCACCUCGUCUACCCAACCUCACCGGAAUGUAAGCAUCUCCGCUGAACAACUCCCUGCCCUUACCCUACCUCUGAGUUUGUCCAUGUUUAUUUCCUGAAGAGAGAAGGGACUGGCAAGAGGGCUUGGGCCCCAGCCCAAGGGUGGAGAGGGGGCCAAGGGCUCCUGACCAAAUAGGAAGGACAUUUGAGCAGAGCAAAAUGAAAGGAAUUACAACCAAAAACCCCCUCCGAGAAGACAGGCAGCAUGGAAGGCAUGGUGGAGAUGACUCAAACAAAAACUAUGAUUCUAGACCAAAAAGGAAAAAAAAAAAAAAGGAAAGAAAAUCCAGGACUCACCACCACCCACUUCAUCCUGCUUCCUCCCCAUCAAGUCCCACCACCUGGGACCUCUCCCCACCCCAGUAUGUGGGAGUGGGGUAAAGAGGAGAGGAGGAGCAGGGGGCAGGGAUGGGGCAGAUGCCCUGAUGUUGGUGGAGGGACCCUUGUGCAGCCGGGGGUGCUGGGGACCCUCCCCAUCCAACCCUCACACCUAGGAAAAGAAAAACAAGAAAAAAAAAUUCCUGGGAGGGGGAAAAAUAACCAAAUCCCAAGCUUUAACUACAGCUGUGAAACCAAAUAUUGGGAAGGGGGUAGGAGGGAGGGAGGGGCAGGUGAGCCCCAGGUCUCCCCCUGGGCCCCCCUCCCCUGAGGACUCGAGAUAAGGCACCAAAUACCUCAUAGAACUUUAAUGUUAAAAAAAGGAAACCAAAUAUCGUUGGCUGGGGGCCAGCCAGGGCAAGGGGCUGGGGGGCUGGAGGGAGCCAGGGUUGGGAAGGUGAUGGGGGAAUUCAUGCCCCCUACCCCCAUCUGCCCCUUACACUCUGGUCCCCCGUCUCGACUCCGGGAAACAAAACUAUCUCAUCGUUUUUAUUUUGUGGUCUGUACAGAGCCUGUGUCCGUGUGUCUGUGUGUGAGUGAGAGAGUUGGAGGGCUGGGGAGCUUUAUGUGGGGGAUGGGGAGGGCAACCCCAGGCUAGGCUAUGGGCUAGGUUAGAUGUCCGAGGUUGGGGGCCAAGGGCCUGGGCUAGAAAGAGAGGAGAGAUGAGUGGGUUGGAGCAGUGGGGAGCCCUCUGAAUUUCUCUUCUCCCCAACCCUGACCUCCUACUUAAGGGAGGGACAGAGACUGGGUCUACCCUAAUGGUGGGCCUUUUCAUUGUGCCAAAAAAAAAAAAAAAAUUGAUGCCAGUAACUAAACCACCUCUCUCUGUUCUCUUCUGGGGGGUGGGGUGGGUGUGUGUGUGGGGGUGGGUAGGGAUGGGGAACCCAAGCCCCAGUAGGAGUUGGGGCUGAGAUCAGGAGGAGGGGAAGGAUAUGAGUUUUCCAUCCAUGUCCCUGGAGAAGGCCAUGACGGGCUCUCCAAGCCCUGGGGAGAUCCGGCGAGGGACUAGCCAAGUCAGGGUGACCUCUUGACCUGACUAGUUUUUCUAACCCACACGAAUACCAGGGUGCCUCUCUCUUCCUCUAGCCCAGGGUAGGGGGACCUGAGUGAGAGAGAGAGUGAGACAGACAGCAAGAUUGAGACACGCGGGCCCCCACUGGUCUCUGAGUGGGAAAGGCAAGUGCGAGAGAUAAAGGCCUCCAAGAGAAAAAAGAAACAAACCAAAGAUUUAACCAUUUAAAAAAAAAAAAAAACCCACAGACAACUCCGCUACCUUUUUAUAUGUUGGAAAAAAAGUGAAAAAAAAUUAAAAAUAAAAAUAAAAAAAAAAUACACAAAAACUCCAAGCCGCAGGUCCUUCAUGCGGUUUAAACUUUGACCUCAGCAGUCUCCAAAGCAAGACGACGAUGACAAAGGCGGAAACAAAGAAAAAAUAAUGUAUAUUUUUAAGUAUUUGUCCUUGAAUUGUUAGCUCCUUGUUAAACAAACAAAAGGAGAGAAAAAUCCAGAGGGAAGUGUUGCUGGGACGGAGACAACUAUUUACUAUGUCUGUGACCCCUCCCUUCUACCUCCCUCCCCUUCCUCUCUUUCCUGUCCUCUAUCCUUGCUGCCCCUCCCCCAACAUGUCCCCCAAACCCAGGGGCUCAGUAUUUAUUUAUUUAUAUAAUUGCAGGGUGACUGGGGGCCUCUCUCGGCAACUCGUAGAGAGCCUUUGGAUAAUGGCAGGGUGGGGAAUGGGCGAGGAGUCUUUGGGAAGAGCAGGGGCCUGAACUUUCAACUCCUUUCUGGCCUCUUGUCCCACUGCUUCCACCAUCACCUUCCAAAUCCAGGGCUGCACUAGGGCAAGGUGACCACCCUACUUCGUAAAGACCUGAUUGGCACAGCCCGUUCUGGUGUGGGUGUCUUUCACCACCCAGAAUGACCAGGUUGGAAUGGGGGUGGGUGAAGUUGGAGGGGGUAGCAAGUACAAGGCAAGGGUGCCCAAGAACCGACAUCCAGAAAUCAGCCCUGAAGUAGACCUGCCUUUCCUCCAUCCUCACCAAGUUAGCCUCCCUUUCAGUUCCGUCUGACCCCUGUGUUGGUAGCCCCUUCCUUCCCUUCCUGUACCCCCUCCCUGUCUCUUCUCGUGGUAGCGGGUUAGUGUUUCAGUGUUCUUAACUCCAAUCUGCUUGUUCAUUGUACAAUGUGCUUCUUUUAAGGCCCCAUUUUUGUAACUUGAGUGUGUCAUUCAUCUGAACAACAAACAUCAAAAAAUAAAAAAUUAAAAACUGUACAGAGAGAAA